AAAUUUGAGAGACCUUAUGUAACGAAGAAAUCACUUAGUACGUCUGCCUGAAGAGCUGGCAGAGUUGCCUUUGAUACGGUUAGACUUCUCAUGCAAUAAAAUUACAGCCAUCCCUGUUUGUUACCGGAACCUUAGACACCUACAGGUGAUCACCCUAGAUAACAAUCCACUACAGUCACCUCCUGCACAGAUAUGUAUAAAAGGCAAAAUCCACAUAUUUAAAUACCUGAACAUACAAGCUUGUAAGAUUGCUCCAGACCUCCCAGAUUAUGAUAGGAGACCCUUGGGUUUUGGCUCCUGAAUUUCAGAUAAGAGGAACUAAACACCAUGAAGAACUAUACUCUAGUCGCCCUUAUGGAGCCCUUGAUUCAGGUUUCAAUAGUGUUGACAGCGGUGAUAAGAGAUGGUCAGGGAAUGAGCCUACAGAUGAAUUUUCAGAUCUGCCUCUCCGAGUAGCAGAGAUCACUAAAGAACAAAGACUGCGGAGAGAAAGCCAGUAUCAAGAGAAUCGCAGCAGUUUGACAGUGACAAAUGGUGGAGUGGAGCAUGAUCUGGAUCAAAUUGACUACAUUGACAGCUCCACUGCAGAAGAAGAGGAUGAGGUGAGACAACCCAAGGGCCUGGACUCAGACAGUCUCAGUUCCCAGUUCAUGGCCUAUAUUGAACAACGGCGAAUCUCUCAUGAGGGUUCACUAAUAAGGCCAGUUGCCAUUAGGGAGUUUCAAAAAACAGAAGACAUGAGAAGAUAUUCACAUCAAAACAGAGUUCCAAUUGAAGCAUCUUCUCUCUCGCCACUAUCACCAAGUCACAAUCAGCUUUCACAUGCAGACUUGGAACUUCAUCGGAGAAGAGAACAAUUAGUAGAGCGCACUCGAAGAGAGGCACAGCUUGCGGCCCUGCAGUAUGAGGAGGAAAAAAUAAGGACCAAGCAGAUUCAGAGAGAUGCUGUCCUAGACUUUGUCAAGCAAAAAACAACACAAAGUCCACAAAAACAACAACCCCCUAUAGAUAGUGAGUGUCCCCUCCCAUCCAGAAGGUCUCAGCACACUGAUGAUAGUGCCUUGUUAGUGUCGCUGUCUGGGUUGAAUCAAGUGGGCUACGCUGCUACCCUGCCUCAUUCUUCUGCCUUCACACCUCUUAAGGUAUCUCUUAUUACAGUAAUUCACCAGGAAAUUUGGGGAGGAAGUGUACAGAGUGAUGACAGAUCUAAUGCCACAUCAAGUUUACCUACGACAGAAACAGUUCGUCAUUCCACUGAAUAUUCUUUUCCUGCUGCUAUCCAGAGAAAUCAGCCCCUCCGCCCUGAAAGUUUCCUUUUCCGAGCAGCUGUUAGGGCGGAAACAAAUAAAGGUCAUCCUUUACCCCUUCUCCCAGCUGCUGCACCUACCACUGAUUCUACAGAUCCCACAACAAGACAGAGAGAAGAAGAGCUGAAAUUAAUAGAUCAACUACGUAAACAUAUUGAGUACCGGUUAAAAGUGUCUCUGCCUUGUGACCUUGGAGCAGCUCUAACUGAUGGCGUUGUUCUUUGCCAUUUGGCCAAUCAUGUGCGACCUCGAUCUGUCCCAAGCAUUCAUGUUCCCUCACCAGCUGUGCCUAAAUUAACAAUGGCCAAAUGCAGGCGAAAUGUGGAGAAUUUCCUUGAAGCUUGCAGAAAAAUUGGUGUACCUCAGGAGCAAUUAUGUUUGCCUCUCCACAUUUUAGAAGAGAAAGGUUUGAGCCAGGUUGCAGUGACGGUCCAGGCUCUAAUGGAACUUGCCCCACCCAAACAGCAGCAGCAGCACCAACCUUGGGCAUAACCUGGCCAAAACAAGGAGCAGGACAACUCGAUGCUGCUGCCAGCCAUUUGCUCAAACAAAGCUCUUAUGUGUUCUUAGAUGGGACUGUUUCCACGAUUCCUACCAGGAAUGUUUUGCUUCAUUUCUCCAUUUUAGGGGAGGUUAAAUCCAUUUCCAUUGAAUUUUUUUAUGAAGACAUGGUUGGAUUUCUCAACUGAAACUUCUCAUUACUGAGAAUCCAGCACCGAAGCCUCAACUGUCUGUGCUUUUUAGAGAGUAGGCUUAGUUUACACGACAGAACGAAUACCUUCCCUCUUAGAGACACUGAUGUGCUGUUAUCUUUACCAAGACAUCAGGUUCACUGAUUUCUAAACAGUUAUGCUUUGGACUCUCCUGGAACAUUUGUAAAAAGACAAAUUUGUAUUCAGUAGGUCUGGGGUGGGGCCUGGGAAUCUGCAUUUUCACCUGUAUCCCAGUGUUUUUCAGGUAGUGGAGACCACUGUUCCAAGCCAGACAUUUGUGUAAUUUGAAAGAGUACUGUCCUUGCUGCAUUUUUUUCAGCCACACUGAAAAUGAAAAGCUCUAUUACAAUUACUUGGACUGUUCUGUCAAAGGGAAAACAAAAAUAUAGAAGGCGAGGGCUUUGCAUAGCAAAAUAGAGAAAGCGAUACAGUUGUACUUAAAGUCUGUGUUCUAGGCUUUUGUAGAGGACAGUUCUGUGGUAUCCUGCUAUUAUCUAAACGUAAACAAGCACUCUACACACAGGCUCCGGGUCCAUAAGCUGUAAUAUGCACUAUGCUGCACCAUUUGCAUGCACCUCAGUGAGGCACCCUCGUCCCCCCCCCAGGCUGCUCUCAGGACACCUGGACCUGAAAACACAUUCCAGUCACAGCAGAGACACUUCCAGUUCCCUGACCAGUGGAAGAUUAUGAAAACGAAGCAAAAGGGAUUGAAAGAAAAGCCAGGUUUCUCAUAUUUCUUUCAGGUAACUAACUGACAGUUUCCAUGGGUAGAUGAAAGCUUUUACAGCUUCUUAAGAACAGCCCCUCAUAGAGCUCCACCACUAGUGCCUUAUGUAUCCAGUUGUGGGUGGAGAAAAAGGGCCAAGGGCUUACACAACACAAAGCCAGGAGUCUAUUCAAGUUUAAACCAUAUGAGAUUGUCUUCCCCAAAUUAUGAACCUUUUUUAGUUGUCAGUGAUAUCUUUUGAUUUUCACUGUCUUUGUAAACCAAAUAAGAGUGAGAUACUAGUUAUAUAGUUGGGUUUUGAUGGUUUUUUUUUUUCUCCUAUAGUUAACUGUUCUGAUUUUCUUUACCAAUGCAUGCAUUUCAGCAUAAUGUCAUCCUCUUUUUACCAUGUAAAUGCAGCAUCUAAAAGUAGCUUUGGACAAAAGUCAUUUUGAGCACCUGGUCAAAAUAACGCUUUCUCCUUCUUCCUGCAGAGAAACAUGUACAUUAGAACAUUACCACUUUGUCCAAGUUUAAAAUUACAUAGCACAACAUCCAGGCCCAAAGCCCAAUCCUUCGGGGUCUUCACUAGCAAAAGUAAAAUGUCUUACAAAUUCUAGAGCCAGACCUCAUUAUACUUACAAUUCCAAACAAACAGACCUAUCAGCCAUAUAACUUGCUUAGGAUUUAGCUGUGCAUAUUUCUGAACUAUAGGUAUUGUCCUUCUAGUCAAUAUUCAACCUUGGUGCAAUCUCUAUUACAGAUUUUAAUAUAUUAUGUGAGGAAAUCAUUCAGAACAUACGACAUAAUGCAACACCGAGAAUAUCUGCAACUAAUUUUUCCAUAGGAAUAAGUGGAAAUUUCAACUUAUUUCAAAAUUGUGCAUAAUAUGAAACAAUGUAUUUUUUAUCAAACUAGUUCAAAUUUGUAAUUGAAUUGUUGGAAAAAUUUUGUGUACAAUUUUGGUUGAUGAUAGUGAAUGAAAAUUACCAUAUGUGUUGAUUUUUUUCUAUGUCAGCAUAUAACAUGAUUUGUUGGAGAAUUUUUAUAUUCAGUGUUUCAUGUUAUCUUUUUUUUAAAAAACUGGAAAGAGCAAUUCGGUUUGACAUUUAGCUUUGUAGACUCCCAAUAUAUGAUGAAGAUGACCUUGUCUCAGUUGCCCUUGACCUGAAGCCAGAUCAAAGUGUGAUCUGGCUAAGUGCCCAUCCACUGGGUGUGGCCCCUGCCACCUACAGACUUAUAUCAGCAGUUUCCAGGCUUUCAAAUCUGUCUCCUUAGCACUUCAAGCCAGUAUUCUCUUGUAAUAAGCAAGUCUGGAAACCGCUCAUGGGAGGAGAGGAUUUUGCAUCUGUCUAGAACACAGACGAGGAAAAAGCUUAGUACUAGGUCACUUUCCUUAAUAGCUUUUUAAAUACACCCUUCCACCUAGUCAAGGAGUCUCUAAUUUCUCUCUAUAGUCAGCAGUGACUAAUGAUGUGUGCCUGUGCUGAUGAGUCUGAUGAGUUUUUCAGAACUAAGUGCUCAAAUGGUUACAGAAAUGAAGGAAAACAUGGAUAUUAAGAAGCUUUUUACAUACAUGUUGCAGAGGUUUACAGCAGAUUUCCUUUUGCUUCUGGAAAUGUUGUGAACAUGUAAUUAGUAAAAGAUUUUGUAAAACAUUGUCCUAUACUGUAUGUCUGUAAAUAUAAGUUCUAACUAUAAAUAUGUCAAUAUCAUGUAUGUUAUUUUGAAUUGCCUGUAUGCCACCUGACAUGACAUUAAAAUAAAAG